AUGACGCGAUCAUUACCAACAAAACAGCAUGCGUUUCCAUUUCCAUCCGCGCCUCGAUCGCCAGAUGACACGUCCCCUGCUCAAGUGCAAUUGGCAGCAGCUGCUCUUGAUCGGCUGUCAAUGGCACCCGCAUCACAAGAAGACGAGAAGCGAUGUAUGCGCGUUCCGUUCCAUGAUGAAAGCGAUGGCGUUGCAGCUAUUCGUGACCGGUUGGGUGGCGCUGCCCAUUGCUCGGCAUUCAUCUCAAAGUUAUGGCACCUCAUGAUCAACCCCGACCUGUACGGCAAGUAUAUCCGCUGGAAUGAAGCUGGCGAUGCCAUCAUUAUCAAUAGCGAGCCAGAAGUGGCCGCAGAGUUUGCUGCGGAGGUGCUGCCCAGGUUGUUCAAGCACGGUAAUAACGCCUCGUUUAUACGUCAGCUUAACUUGUAUGGAUUCCAGCGCGUGUCCUCUUCUCGGCUUUUGGAUGCUGCCGAGAUGCGCGCUGUCGCAGCACGGACAAGCGGUUCAAAUUGGUUUGGUGCACCUCCGCCGUUUAAUACGGCGAUGGAGCUAUAUGGCGCACAUUCCAGCUUUGCACACCCUCGCUUCCGGCGUGGUCAUGAGGCAUGGCUUGUGAGCAUGAAGCCCCGCUCGUCGAAGAAAUCCAAAAAAACCUCGAGCGAAGACACAAAGACCUCGUGA